UAUUAUUUUGUCUUCAAUCUUCAUAAUUUUUGUACUGUUUAUGUCUGAUGACUGAAUGUCGUAUCCAGUUUCAACUAUAUUUUUUAUGGUGUUUUCAUGACCGAUCAAAUUUCUAUUACAGUAUAUUAGUAUUUCCAUUUUCCACUGUUCCAUCGUUAUAUCUUAAACAAUGUUAAAAUCAAUAGUUUUAGCCUUUUAAGUUUCUCAUGAUUAUUAUUUAUUAAUAUCCUCUGUUAAUUUAAAUUUUGAUGGAACAAAAACGUUGAAACACGCCGGCUCAUGCAUUUAAUAUUAAAGGAAAAUAAUCUACGUGAUUAAUUGCAAUGACCGAUUCUGUAAACACUGAGACUAUGAACAAAUCAGGUCAAGAGGAUGAGUUCAUUAAAAAUGGACUGUCAAAAAAAAUUGAUAAAAAUAAUGUAAAAUGUAAAAAACGUAAAAAGUGUUUACGUGACAAAACAGCUCCAAGGCCUCCACAUUCUGGAUACAUACGAUUUUUAAAUGAUAGGCGUGAACAAUUUCGUUCUGAAAAUCCCAAUUUACCAUUUGCUGAAAUAACCAAAGUAUUAGCUACUGAAUGGAACCAGUUGCCAACGGAUAAAAAACAAGUAAAGACUGAUUCAUACAGAAAUUUUAUCCAACACAAAUUGAAAAAAAAAAAAGUUAAUACUCCUAUCCAAAAAGAUCGAGGAUUAGAAAAAGAAAACCCAUUAAGUGAUAACAAUAAUACAGUGUGUAACAUACCUAUAUAUACUGAAGAAUUCCUAAAUUUCAAUAAAGCUAGAGAAAGUGAACUAAGGUACCUCCGUAAAACAGUAACUGACCAAGAACAAGAAGUAUUUGUCUUGGAUAAACAUAUUGGGAAUAUAAAUAAUGGAAUUAUAAAAUUAAAGGCUAACACUGAAAAACUCAAAGCUAGAUGUUCAAAAUAUGAACARUAUUUAAUUAAAUUAAGAUCUCAACUACUAGAUGCUUUAAAUAACAUUUCAUUUCCUGACAACACUGAGCCACCUACUAAUGAAACUAUUGACACAUACAUGGUUAAUUUAUUCACUAUUCUAACAACUGAUACUGGUAAUAACCCUUCCUGGAUUGCAAAUAUAAAAAAAAAUAUUUCUAAUUUGGAAUUUUAGUGUUAAAAUAAAAUUAURAUUUGAUUUACCAAUAUA